AGCGCCUCCGCUGCGGCCACACGUUGCCAGGCCCCUCCUCCCGCGCGCAGCCCUUCCCGGAAGCCCGGCCCCUUCCCGGCCGGCGCAGUGGCGGUAGCGGCAUGGAGGGAGUGGAGGCCUACGGCUUCUGUGCUGCCAUGAGUGGCACCUUCCUGCUGUCGUGCCUGCUCUUCGCGGCCAUUAACCGCCGCCUGCACGACCCCUAUAUGGAUGAGGUCUUCCACGUGCCCCAGGCGCAGGCCUAUUGCCACGGGCGCUUCCUUCAGUGGGACCCCAUGAUCACCACUCUCCCGGGCCUGUACCUGGUCUCGGUGGGAGUAGUGAAGCCCGCAGCAUGGCUCUUUGGGUGGACAGGAAGCGUGGUGUGCUCUGCAGGAAUGCUCAGGUUUAUUAACCUCCUUUUUACUGCUGGGAACUUCUACUUGCUGUAUUUACUUCUGCUCAAGAUCCAUCAGAAGAAUAAGGCUGUGUCUGGUUUCCAGAGAAUCUUGUCUACGUUAACUCUUGCAGUGUUUCCCACCCUGUAUUUUUUCACAUUCCUUUAUUAUACGGACUCAGGAUCGGUAUUUUUUACUCUUUUUGCCUAUUUAAUGUGCCUUUAUGGUAACCAUAAAACUUCAGCUCUCCUUGGAUUUUGUGGUUUCAUGUUUCGUCAAACAAAUAUCGUGUGGGCAGUUUUUUGUGCUGGAAAUGUUGUUGCAGAGAAACUAAAUGAAGCCUGGAAAACAGAGUUACAGAAAAAGAAAGAUGUAACUAUUUCUUCCAGGAAAGGAUCAUUUUCAGAUUUGAUCAGGGUACUGCAGUUUCUUGUUGCGUAUCUCGUAUCGCCUAGAAACUUGGUUACAUUUACUGCUUUAACUUGGCCAUACAUUGUAUUAGUAGCUGUGUUCAUUGGUUUUGUCUUCAUCAAUGGUGGAAUAGUUGUUGGUGACAGAAGUAGCCACGAAGCCUGUUUGCACAUUCCUCAGCUAUUCUAUUUUCUGUCCUUUACUGCUUUUUUUUCAUUCCCUCAUAUAUUGACCCCUACUAAAAUCAGGAAAUUCCUUGUGUCAUUGCGAAAGCACCCUGUGCAGUACAGCAUAAUCGCUGUCAUCUCUUUAUUCCUAAUCUGGAAAUUUACCUAUGUUCAUAAAUAUUUGCUAGCAGAUAACAGACAUUAUACGUUCUAUAUCUGGAGAAAAGUCUUCCAAAGACAUGAGCUUGUAAAAUACUUAUUAGUGCCAGCCUAUAUAUUUGCUGGCUGGAGUUUUGUUGAUACACUAAAAUCAAAAUCGACAUUCUGGACCUUAGUGUAUGUUGUAUGUUUAUCAGCAGUCACAGUUCCUCAAAAACUGUUAGAAUUUCGUUACUUCAUUUUGCCAUUCUUAAUAUAUAGGCUCAAUAUUCCUUUUCCAUCUCUAUAUAGACAGCUUCUGGAGCUGGCUUUUUAUGUUGUUGUGAAUGCAGUAACUUUUCAUCUUUUUCUCAACAGAACAUUUCAGUGGCCAAAUAGUGAUGAAAUCCAGAGGUUUAUGUGGUGACUUCUUUUUUCUACUUUCAUACCUUUAGAAAAACUUGGUUCUGUUUCAGGACUGGGCUCUGCAAUGAAGUGGUAUGUUUGAAAUUAUGCAAGAACUUCAUUCCUCAAUUGGAAUUGGGGAAGUAAGCUGUUCGCUUAUUUCUUGAAACUGAAUGUGAGAUAUGAUUUGUUGUAACAUGAAUAUAUUGCAUAUUUUGAGUCUAUGAACUCCUGGAAAUAACAGGUUCAGUAUGAGGGGAAUUUUGAGAACACUUUUCUGUAAUUUAUGUGAAAUAAGGGAGAUGU